AUGUCUAGUGCUGAAGUCGCCGAUAAUUCCGUUGACCCCCCGGCGAAAAAGCGGAAGCUAAAUACAGGAGAGGCUAGUUGCAAAUCCUCAGUAAUGGCGAACAAUGGAACGCGCGUGGAAGAUGAAAUCGACGAGAGCUUGUAUUCGAGGCAGCUUUAUGUACUGGGACACGAUGCUAUGCGACGAAUGGCCAGCUCUGACGUUCUUAUUUCGGGUCUCGGUGGUUUGGGAGUAGAAAUUGCUAAAAAUGUCAUACUCGGCGGCGUCAAGUCUGUAACCCUUCAUGAUGACCGUACAUGCACCGUUUCAGAUUUAUCAUCCCAAUUUUACUUGUCUGAAGCAGCUAUUGGUCAAAACAGAGCAUUGGCUUCCUGCGAACAGCUUGCAGAGCUCAAUCACUAUGUACCAACAACAGCGCAUGUUGGUGCUUUAGAUGAAGAAUUUCUUAAAAAAUUUCGUGUAGUUGUGUUAACUGGGGCAUCUUGGGCAGAGCAAGAACGUAUAUCUGCUAUUACGCAUGCUAACAAUAUUGCCUUGGUCAUUGCAGACACUAGAGGAUUAUUCUCGCAGGUAUUCUGUGAUUUUGGGCCCGAAUUUACGGUAGUAGAUGUAACCGGUGAAAAUCCAGUUUCAGCUAUGGUGGCUGGCAUCACUCACGAAUAUGAAGCCGUAGUCACCUGCUUAGAUGAUACUCGCCAUGGGCUUGAAGAUGGAGACUAUGUUACUUUUAGUGAGGUGCAAGGUAUGGCAGAACUGAAUGGCUGUGAACCACGCAAGAUCAAAGUUCUUGGACCUUAUACCUUCAGUAUUGGAGACACCACUAACUUUUCUAAAUACAUCCGAGGAGGCAUUGUUACACAAGUUAAAAUGCCCAAGAAAGUGAAUUUCAAACCUUUAAGUGAAUCUAUAAAGAAUCCUGAGUUCCUUAUCACUGAUUUUGGGAAAAUGGACUAUCCUCAACAGCUUCAUGUGGCUUUUUCUGCCCUUCAUAAGUUUAAAGAUGCUGAAGGAAAUCUGCCAAAACCCUGGUGUGAUGCAGACGUUGCAAAGUUCAUGGAUCAUGUGAAGAAUAUUAUCCAAAAUGAAGAAUUAUUUAAGAUUGGAGAAAUAGAAGUCAAUAAUGAGCUUAUGGAGACAUUCUGCAAAGUAUCAGCUGGAGAUAUAAAUCCUAUGAAUGCAGCGAUCGGUGGUGUCGUGGCUCAAGAAGUUAUGAAAGCUUGUUCUGGAAAGUUCCAUCCUAUAGUUCAGUGGUUAUACUUAGAUGCUAUUGAAUGCCUUCCAAAAGAUAAAUCUAUCCUGAAUGAAGAGAAUUGUAAGCCUACAGGCUCCAGAUAUGAUGGUCAAAUUGCUGUAUUUGGAAAAGAUUUCCAAAAGCGACUUGGCGAAUUGAAGUAUUUUAUUGUUGGUGCUGGUGCCAUUGGCUGUGAGUUGUUAAAGAACUUUGCGAUGAUCGGCGUGGGGGCGGACGGUGGGCGCGUCACCGUCACUGACAUGGAUCUCAUUGAGAAGUCUAACCUGAACAGACAGUUCCUCUUCAGGCCUCAUGAUGUGCAGAAACCCAAGUCUAGCACUGCUGCUAAGGUUAUCAAACAAAUGAAUCCAUUUAUGAAUGUAGUGGCACAAGAGAACAGGGUGUGCCCAGAGACCGAGUCAGUGUAUGAUGACGCCUUCUUUGAAGCAUUAGAUGGUGUGGCCAAUGCUCUUGAUAAUGUAGAUGCAAGGAUUUACAUGGACAGACGCUGUGUGUACUACAGGAAGCCUCUGUUGGAGAGUGGCACUCUUGGCACUAAGGGUAACACGCAGGUUGUAGUACCUUUCCUCACCGAAUCCUACAGCUCUUCGCAAGACCCACCAGAGAAGAGCAUACCAAUAUGCACCCUCAAGAACUUCCCCAAUGCCAUUGAGCACACACUGCAGUGGGCAAGAGAUGAGUUCGAGGGUCUCUUCCGUCAAGCAGCUGAACAUGCAGCUCAGUAUCUUAGAGACCCUCACUUCUUGGAACGCACCAUGAAGUUACCCGGCAGUCAGCCGUUAGAUGCAUUGGAAAGUGUUAGGAAUGCAAUCAACGAACGACCGCUAAACUUCGAUGACUGUGUCACAUGGGCUCGUCUCCACUGGGAGGCGCAGUACUCCAACCAAAUCAAACAGUUACUGUACAACUUCCCCCCCGACCAGACCACUACAAGCGGUGCACCGUUCUGGUCUGGACCCAAGCGUUGCCCCUCACCCCUCAACUUCGACCCUGAAAAUGAACUACAUUUAGACUAUGUAGUAGCCGCUGCCAACUUGAGAGCUCAAGUGUACGGAUUGCCGCCUUGCGUGGAUAGGGAGAGGAUCGCGAAGGUUGCUAAUGUUGUCCAGGUGCCGAAAUUCAAACCGAAAUCUGGCGUAAAAAUCGCAGUCACAGACGCUCAGCUGCAGCAGAACAAUGACGACAUGGACCAAGACAGGGUAAAGAACAUAGUGUCCGACCUCCCGCCGCCCAAUAAACUAGGCUCCUUAAAAAUCACUCCUCUAGACUUCGAGAAGGAUGACGACACCAACUUCCACAUGGAUUUCAUCGUGGCAGCAUCCAACUUACGUGCGGCUAACUACAAAAUCCCUCCGGCAGACAGACAUCGUUCUAAACUCAUCGCGGGUAAAAUCAUACCCGCCAUAGCAACUACCACAUCGGUCGUCGCCGGACUCGUGUGCCUUGAAUUAUAUAAACUCGCCCAAGGCUACAAUAACCUAGAAGUCUUCAAAAACGGUUUCGUCAACCUCGCUCUACCAUUUUUCGGCUUCUCUGAACCAAUAGCCGCUCCGACCAACACUUAUUAUGAUAAGAAAUGGACUCUGUGGGAUCGAUUUGAAGUGAAAGGUGAAGUGACUCUGCAAGAGUUCAUUGAUUACUUCAAAAAUGAACACAAACUAGAGAUCACUAUGCUCUCUCAAGGUGUAUGCAUGCUUUACUCAUUCUUCAUGCCGAAAACUAAACGUCAAGAACGACUCAACUUGCCUAUGUCUGAAGUAGUCACCAAAGUAUCAAAGAAGAAGCUGGAGCCACAUGUUAAAGCUUUAGUUUUCGAGUUAUGCUGUAACGAUGAAGACGACAACGACAUUGAAGUGCCCUAUGUUAAAUAUACUCUGCCU